AUGGCUUCUUUGUGGUACUGCUGCGGCUGCAACUUCGGCCCUCACAACGCGUCUCUCUACGACGCCUGCAUCCAGUGUGGAAAACCCCGUUGCGCUCGCUGCGUUGACGAGAAGAUCUCCGACAACAUGAGCAUCCACUCCCACUCUCACAGCUCCAACCCAGUCUCUGCAUACCCAACUGCCGUCACCAUGCACACACCUCGCACUCCAACCUUGAAGACCACAGCCACGUCCAUCGUCGUACCAGAGCUCCCCGGUCUACUGCCUCUACCACGGGUCGACUGCACAGGCAUAUCGCCAGCCUCACUACCUGGAACAAGGCACAACAUGUCGACCUACAUGUACAUCUGCUGUGCAUGCGGAGAUGGGCCUAAGAUCUACAACCAUCAGCCCCAGUGCGUGAUGUGCAGCCACACGGCCUGCUCCAGCUGCAAUUAUGUGAAGUGA